AUGCCCCUCCUCCUGGCCGUCGCGCUGAUCGUGCAAGCCGCUCAGGCGGUCGCCCGGGCCCACCGCUGCACGUCGGUGGCCGCAUCCACGGCCUCCCCCUCGUCUCCGGAUAGCGAUGCCGCCACCCCCCCCUCUCCCUCCGCUGCUUCCGCCCAACGGAAGUCGGCGAUAGAAGAACGCCGGCCGGGUCCCCCGCCGGCCACCACCGUUCCUGCUGCCGCCGCCGCCGCUGCCCUGAGUAAACGCAGUGCUGCCUGCAACCACGGCGGGAGAAUCGCUGCCGCGGUCUGCGGUACGGGGGACGCCUCCCCGCCGGCGGCAAGAUCGAACAGUGUUGUCGGCGGCGGCGGCGGCGGCGACGGCGACGGUGGCGAGGGAAACGAUCAGCCGCCGGCGCCUUGCGGCCCGACAAGCCGGGCCGAGCUCGAGGCCGCCGCGGUGAGGGAGAUAACGGAGGCGUUCCCCCGGGGAUGGAUCGCCGACGUCUCGCCCCCCGCGGCUGCGGCGGCGGCGGCGGCGGCGGCGCCGGUCAUCAGAGAGUCCUGGACGCUUCUCCUCGAGGCGUUGGAGUCGAAGGUCGUGUCCGGCGGGACGGAGGCGGGGACGGGGGCAGUAGCAGCACUGGUCGAAGAGGGAGGGGGACCUGGGGGUGGUGCCGUCCUGAUCGACCCCGGGAGUUUUCCGCUGCUGCUGGGCCGCCGUUUCCACGAGAGCGUUGUCAGGGGCCUCGCGGCUAACCUGUUGGAGGUGGAGGUCGAAUCGCCCGUGGUCGAGUACUGCGAAGCGCUGGUCACCCAAGGUGAUGACGUUCAACGCCAGGCACUCAAGGUCCUCGAGCCCACGCUCAACGACAUGGAGGACGAAAGCGACUUCCCAGAUUCUGAUGAAAUCAUCAUCGUCAGCAGCAGCAGUAGCAACGGGGUGGCGAGCGAUAGCGAGGGCGAAAGGGAUGGCAGUGUAGACAUCAAUGGCCGGAGGGCCCCGGCCACGUCGAGGAGCAGCACCGAGAACCUUCCCAAUAAUCUUCCCGAGAACCUUCCCGAGACCCUUCCUGAGGGCCUUCCCGAGAACCUCCCCGAGAACCGUUCCGAGAGUCGCCGUUCGGAGAACCGUUCUCGGGAACGCCUGGCGUGGCGCUGCGUGGAGGCGGCGCGCUCGGCCUCCCGGCUCCUGCCUCGCCUGACGGCUCACGCGCUGCUCCCGGCGUCCGCCCUCCGGCUGCCCCACUCCUGCACCCCCGCCGCCCGUGUGCCUGCCGGAGACCGCCGCAGCUACAACGUCGGCGGCGGUGGCGUCGUUUCUGGUGCUCCGACCGCCGGUGCCGCUGGGUGGCCCUUGGCGGUGGCCACUGUCGCCCUGAGGGACCUUGCCGCCGGGGAGGCGUUAUCCUGCUCCUGGGUGGACCCGGAAGAGCCGUUUUCGGUCCGGAUGGCCAGGCUCGAGGAGUACUCCCGAGUCCCACCGUGGGCUUCCGAUGAUGAUGAUGAUGUCCCGACCGCCGGUGAUUGCGCCGCCUCUUCUUGUCCUCUCGAGGGCGGUGUGGGCGGCGGCGGCGGUGGCGGCAAUGACUGCCGAGGUUCAAAAGAGACCGGGGUCUCCGGGAGAAGCGGCGAAGGAACGCUAGCAUCAUUACAAUUUCCCCGCGGGCGUGGUUGCGGCUGCCCAAAGUGCCUGGUGGAAAGCGGGGGCUUAGCCGGCGGCGGUAGCGAAGGGGUGUCGAGCGCAGGGGCGGCGGAGCGGCUGCUCAAGGUUGCCCAGCAGGCGGUGGAUGAAGACCGGGCUCUCCGGCUGUGGAAGGACGGUCUGGCCCUAUCCCCAAACCACCCGGAGCUGAAGCGAGAGGCGGAAAAGUACCAGGCACUCGCUUUCUGGCUUGAUCCUGGCGAAGGGGAUGCCAAUACCGACGCAAGAAGCAGUAGCAGUGCCCUCUUAGGCGCGGCGACAGACAGCAGCAGCACCGCCGCCGCCGCCGCCGCCGCCGCCGCGUCGUCCCCUCCGUUUUCAUCGCCACCGCCUCCCCUAACGACAGGCGGCCAGGACGACGGCUUCACCGCCCCGGCACAACUGCCCGCCGGAGAAGCUUUCGACAACCUCGACGUGGACUUCAUGGCCGGUGACGGGGAGUGGGUGUGCAGCACGCGGCUUCCCCUCAUUUCGGCAUCCGAAUGCUCCGCGAUCAUCAACGAGGCAGAGGAGAAAGCCUCCGCCGCCGCCGCCGUCGCCGCGGCAGUCGGCAGCGGCGGCGGCGGCGGCGGCAGCAGCGGCUGGGGGACGUCUAGGCACUACGCCGUCCCGACAACGGACGUGGCCGUGCGCGAGCUCCCGCGGACCCUUGCGUGGUUCAACCGGGCGAUGCGGACGCGCAUAGGCCCGACGGUUGCCGUCGCCGCGGCGUUGGGCGGAGGCAUUUUCGAGAGGCCGGGCCGCCGGUCCGGUUCGUUGGAGCUCAGUCCGCCCGUGGCGAAGCCACACGCGAAAGACGAGGAUUUCCCCGCUCACGCGGUUUGCUCCGCUGCUGAUAGCGACGAGGCGGCGGCGGCAAUCGCGUUGAUAGCACCGGAGGACGGGCAAAAGGGGCGGCAGGUCGAGAGCGACGACGACCAGGAGGGACAGAGUCGGGAGGCUGAAGAGCCACGCGGGAGAGCAGGAGCACCAACGCCUCCGCCUCCAGCGCUGAUGUUGCGGAGGCUCAGGGUCCACGACGCGUUCGUGGUGCGGUACGACGCCGCCGCCCAGCGCUCCCUGCCCCUGCACACGGACCAGGGGGAGCUGUCCCUGACCAUCUCCCUCAACGGCACCGGCGAGUACGAGGGCGGGGGCACGUGGUUCGAGGGUCUCGGCCGCGCCGUCCGGCCCGAGGAGGCCGGUCACGUGGUCGUGUUUCCGGGGGGGAGGACCGUGCACGGGGGGAAGGAGGUGACGAGGGGGGUCAGGUAUAUCCUGGCCGUGUUCUUGUACGAACAUUGGGAGGAGGAGGAGGAGGAGGAGG